UUUUUGGCUUUGUUAUUUGUUUUAAUGUUUUGUUAUUGAUAAAUUUAUACUUUUUUCCCGUUUCUAGGCUUACUAGUUUAUAGUUAAUGUAAUUUAAAAUGUAUGAUAUUAAAAUAAAAUCAAUAUUCAUCAUAUAAAUCAAUAGGUACCCAAUUCUAUAAGCGAUAAAUAUUUUUUUUUAAUUAAUAAUGAUAUCAGAAGCUUUUCUAGCAGGAUUGUGGGCUGCUAUCGGUAAUACAUUAGGCAAAACAGCGGGAACAGUUUCAAUUGUUGGUGAUAGUCACUUGAUAUGGCUGUUACUUCUGGUAGUAAUGGUAAUGGUAAAUACAUGGGGCCUAAGAUUAUUUAUGAGAUCUCUUGAUGCUUCUGAUAAUACUGUCCUGCCAAUUGUCAUUUCUUCAGCAUCCAGUUAUGUAUUAUCAGGAAUCGUAGGCGUUUUCUUGUUCAAUGAAGAUACUUCAAGGUGGUGGUGGUGUGGUAUCCUAACUAUCAUUAUGGGACUGAUGUUAAUAUCAUUAUCUAAUCAAAAGAGUAAACCAGAUAAGACAGUUAUUUCAUGAUUAUAAAUAAAAGUGAUGCUUAAUUGAA